AUGAUCGGACUUUCUCUUGGAAAUAACUGUGACGUCAGUUUUCGGCAGUAUAGGCUGUCUCCCCUCUACACCAAUUUAAAACCUGUAGAAAUACCAACUAAGGAGCUGAACGUCGGCAGUGUAGAGGAGUGCGUCACUGCGUGCUACAAUGACGUCAUGUGUACAGGGUUUCUCUUCAGCGGCGACCACGGCGUGUGUUCUGUGUACAGGAAGAUAUUUCAUACAAUGACAUUUGUCAACAAAAUGGGAACGCAAGCAUACGAACGUCUCAACAGCUUUCCCUCAGACUGCUAUGAUGUCAUGAAAAACGGGUAUGCUACCAGCAGUGUCUACACGGUUCAACCAACUGACAACGGAUCAGCUAUUGACGUGUAUUGUGAACUCUCACUUGAUGAUGGCUGGCUCGUUAUUCAGCGACGGACGGACGGAUCAGAAGAGUUCUACAGAACUUGGAAUGAAUACAAAGACGGAUUUGGAAAUUUGACCAAUGAGUUCUGGCUAGGCAACUCACAAAUCCAUCGUAUAACCAGUCAGGGUCUUUACGAUCUGAGAAUUGACUUGGAAGGCUUUGAAGGAAACAACAGGUUCGCGCUGUAUAAGAACUUCUCCGUGGCUUCAGAACAAGAUUUCUUCAGACUGAGUCUGGGCGAGUACAGCGGGAACGCAGGUGAUGGUCUUGGUCAUCACAGGGGUGCGCUGUUCUCUGCCAAAGACAAGGAUCUCGAUUCAAAUUCGUACGUUUGUGCACAGAGGUCCAAAGGGUCCUGGUGGUACACACAAAUCUGUCAUAAAUCAAACCUUAACGGUCAGUACUUGAGAGGAACCCACUCUUCAUUCGGAGACGGAGUGAACUGGAAGUCCUGGCUAGGUAAUUAUUACUCUCUGAAGAGAACCGUGAUGAAGAUCAGACCCAUGCAGUUCUGAUAUGAACACCAUUCUGCCGAUCAGACCCAUGCAGUUCUGAUAUGACCACCAUUCUGCCGAUCAGACGCAUGACAUUCUGAAAUGAACACCAUUCUGCUGAUUAGACUUAUCAUAUUCUGAAUUAAUAAUCAUUCAGUUGUUCAGAAACAUGAACCAUGAAUUAGUCACCAUCAGAAUUAAAGUGACAGACGCUAGAUUUAAAGAUUAAGACAUAUUUUUCACUAUUAUAGCUGGUUUGUGAUCAUUCAAAUCAUACAGUACGUACAUUUUAUUGUUUAGAUAAUUAACUGUCUUACUGGUGUUUUUCAAUGUCACAAAAUGUAGUUUUAGUAUUUUUUAAAACCACAUUUACAUUUGAAAACUAACGAUUAUGGAGUCUAUGUUUAAGUAUAUGCCACCGUGUAGGAGUGACAGACUCUUGACUCACUGGUUGUAACGUUAUCCAGAUGUGUUACAGGUGUCUAGGUUAACUAAACUUAGUUUCCGUUUUCACGGGUUAAAACAGCUGAGUCUGUGCAUUUAAAGAAUAGGUGCGACUCUGAAAUUGAGGAAUAUUCACUUGAAGGUUUGAACAAAACAAAAAAUGGAGAAAAGAAAAAUAAUUUUACAAAUCGAAUUCACGCAGUUCUGAAAUAACCAUUUUAAAGAUUAGAUGUACUUUUGCUCCACAGUCUUAUAAUUAUUACGUUUACCAGUAACACACGUUCUUUGGUCUGUUCUCUACAUUGUUAUAACUAUUGCGUUUAGCAGUAACUCACGUUCUUUGGUCUGUUCUCUGCAGUCUUAUAACUAUUACGUUUAUCAGUAACACACGUUCUUUAGUCUGUUCUCUGCAGUCUUAUAACUAUUACGUUUAGCAGUAACACACGUUCUUUGAUCUGUUCUCUGCAGUCUUAUAACUAUUCCGUUUACCAGUAACAUACGUUCUUUGGUCUGUUCUCUACAGUUUUGUAACUAUUACGUUUAGCAGUAACACACGUUAUGUGGUCUGUUCUCUACAGUCUUGUAACUAUUACGUUUAGCAGUAACACACAUUAUUUGGUAUGUUCUCUGCAGUCUUAUAGCUAUUAAGUUUAGCAGUAACACACGUUCUUUGGUCUGUCCUCUGCAGUCUUAUAACUAUUACGUUUAGCAGUAACAUACGCUCUUUGGUAUGUUAUCUGCAGUCUUAUAACUAUUACGUUUAGCAGUAACAUACGUUUUUUCAUCUGUUCUCUGCAGUCUUAUAACUAUUACGUUUAGCAGUAACACACGUUCUGUGGUCUGUUCUCUACAGUCUUGUAACUAUUACGUUUAGCAGUAACACAUGUUCUGUGGUCUGUUCUCUGCAGUCUUAUAACUAUUACGUUUAGCAGUAACAUACGUUCUUUGGUCUGUUAUCUGCAGUCUUAUAACCAUUACGUUUAGCAGUAACAUACGUUCUUUGGUCUGUUAUCUGCAGUCUUAUAACCAUUACGUUUAGCAGUAACAUACGUUCUUUGGUAUGUUCUCUGCAGUCUUAUAACUAUUACGUUUAGCAGUAACACACGUUCUGUGGUCUGUUCUCUGCAGUCUUAUAACUAUUACGUUUAGCAGUAACAUACGUUCUUUGGUCUGUUAUCUGCAGUCUUAUAACCAUUACGUUUAGCAGUAACAUACGUUCUUUGGUCUGUUCUCUGCAGUCUUAUAACUAUUACGUUUAGCAGUAACACGAGUUCUUUGGUGUGUUCUCUGCAGUCUUAUAACUAUUACGUUUAGCACUAACAUACGUUCUUUGGUCUGUUCUCUACAGUCUUGUAACUGUUACGUUUAGCAGUAACAUACGUUCUUUGGUCUGUUCUCUGCAGUCUUAUAACUAUUACCUUUAGCUGUAACAUACGUUCUUUGGUCUGUUCUCUGCAGUCUUAUAACUAUUACGUUUAGCAGUAACAUACGUUCUUUGGUCUGUUCUCUGCAGUCUUAUAACUAUUACGUUUAGCAGUAACAUACGUUCUUCGAUCUGAUCCCUGCAGUCUUGUAACUAUUACGUUUAGCAGUAACAUACGCUCUUCGAUCUGAUCCCUGCAGUCUUAUAACUAUUACGUUUAGCAGUAACACGUGUUCUUUCGUCUGUUCUCUGCAGUCUUAUAACUAUUACGUUUAGCGGUAACACACGUCCUUUGGUCUGUUCUCUGCAGUCUUAUAACUAUUACGUUUAGCAGUAACAUACGUUCUUCGAUCUGAUCCCUGCAGUCUUGUAACUAUUACGUUUAGCAGUAACACACAUUAUUUGGUAUGUUCUCUGCAGUCUUAUAGCUAUUAAGUUUAGCAGUAACACACGUUCUUUGGU